AUGUUUACCCUGGUCGGGAAGCUUUCGGAUCUCAUCAAGGUUGUUCGAGGUCAAGGGGCUUCCUCCCACUUAAGCUCCCCAGAUAUGUUUUGGAUUUCUGGAGUGUCGAAGGCUGUGGCCACACUUCUCACCUACCCCCUGAUCCGGGCGAAGGCCGUCAUUCAGACGACGGGUGGAAAUCACUUGGGCUUGUGGGGGAUGCUCGCCCAGAUAGUACGACAAAGCGGAUGGCUUGGUCUCUACCAAGGUGUGUGGAUCAUGAGCUACAAGACAGUUCUCUUCAACUCCUUGAUGAUGGCGCUAAAGCAGAAGGUCUCUCUGGCGCUGAUGAGGUGGGAUCAAUUCCGCGAUCGCAGGAGGCGGCGUCAGGCGGCAGAGCUUGAAGGCUUCCGCGGUUCAGUGACGGCAUGCUGCAGCCUGGAGAUGCCAUGGGAGGCAUCAGCUCGAGGCGCCUCUGUUGUUUACGUUGAUGGGUCAUGGUGCUUUCUGCAUGAUGCUCAGGCCCACAUUCUCCGUGAAGCCCAUCAACAGGCCGAUCACCUCAUUGUUGGCGUCCAUAGCGACGAGUGCCAUCAAGUGGCGGUUGGCUCCUGGCCGCCCGAAUGCUACGCCGCGAGGCUCGGCCGUCUCAGGAGGAAGCCUUGGGCGGCGAGCAUCCUGGAGCAGGCUCCUUGGGAGGUAACACCCGAACUGCUUGAUGAGCUGGGCAUUACGACAGUUGUAAGCGGAUCCGUCAGCAAGAUCGAGGACUGCUCUGGCAAAGAUGUUCCAACACGGCCACGAUCUCACAGUACUCCGACCAGCAAGGACCGCCAGGAGGUACUGGUGCCGCUGGCAUCACCGGUCGACCCCUAUGCAGAAUGUAGGAGGCGUGGCAUCUUCGAGGAGUUGCCGUCGCUGAAUGCAUCGACUGAGCAUGACGAGUGGAUGCGCAAGGUGAUGAAGAUUGCCUUCUCAAACGUGGACGCAUCAAUCGACUGGCGAAUCCUGGUCUCAGAUGAUCGGAGAGCACGGUUUGGAUCAAAUCCUGGAUACCGAGACGAGGUCGAGGGACCCGUCCGGAGACAAAGGCUUGAGAUCAUGCCCGCCUCGAACGGGAACGUCCCCGCGGGGAUGGAGUCCGCGUCGCUGAUCAUGCGCAACUUUCCCAAGUCCUGGAUGGACAACAAGGGUGGAGACAUCGACUCCAAGCUGAGGAAGCUGCUAGGAACCUUUGGCCAACUUUCCAGGCUGCAGGUGAUUGCGUCUCCAGGCGCGGUGACCACGGCGACUGCGACAUUCGCUGAAACUGCCAUGGCAGAGAAGGCUGUCAAGGCAUUGCAUGGUGUGGACAUGCGAACAGCCAAGCAGAAACGAGAAGCUGGCAACCGACCGCCGGCCGAGGAGGAGAAAUUCUGGGCACAGAUUGUUGCCAAGGUUGUUGGCGAGGAGCAGGUGUCAAACGAGCGCACGGCGCAGGAGACCUACUUGCUUGUGGAAGGCUUCCCCACAAGCUGGAGCGAGGCUCAGCUGCGUGCAACCUUUCUCGCCUUUGGUGGAGUCGAAAGACUAACGUAUGUGCCAGACUCAAGGUAUGGAAGGGUUGCCCGACUGGUCUUGAAGGAGCCGGAGGAAAUGUCACGAGUCGUGAAAGAGCUCCAUGGCACAACGGUCGGCGAUGGGGACGUCGUGGAGGAGUGCGUGUUGAACUGCAAAGUUACCAGUGCGGCGGUGCAAAAGAAGGAGGAGGAAGCGCGGAAGCGCAGAGAGGAAAAGGAAGCUCGAAAGUUGUAUCGUGCUGAUGUUCGGAAGAGGCGCGAGGAAGCCCGCCGCGAAAAAGAGAAGGUGGAGAAGGAUGGAAGUGAACACCCCGACGAAACACAGCACGAGGAGAAGGUCGCAGCACGUUUCGAGGCGGAGGAGCGUGAAAGAGAGGAAUUGCGUCGCAAGGAAGCAGAAGAGGCUGAGCAGAAGAAGGCUGAGGAGGAGGAGGCCAAGAAGGCAGCGGCUGCCGCCUAUCAAGAGGAACUCCGACAGAAGGCGAAGGAGGCAGCUGAAAGGAGGGAGAAGGAGCAGCGGGAGAGGGAGGUAGAACGCCAAAAGCGAGAAGAGAAAAGGAGGCUUUGGGAGCUGGACCGCAUGAAGCGGGAGGAGGAGCGCCAAAGGCGAGAAGACAAGAGACAGAAAGCGGAAGAGGAGCGGCUGCGGCGGGAAGAGGAGGAGAGGCAGCGCCGCGCGGAAGCGCGAGCCGAAGCCGAGAGGAAGCGGGAAGAGGAGCGCCAGAGAAAAGAAGAAAAGAUGCGAAAGUACGAAGAAAGUCGCAUGAGACGCGAGGAGGUGAGGACACGGAAUGAGAUCCAGCGUGAGCUUUGGGAGGACGAAUGCAUGAAGCGAGAAGAAAAACUUCAGCGCUGGGCGGAAGAGCAGAUGCGCAUCGCUGCUGAAAAGAAAAGGAAGCUUGAGGAAGAACGAAGACGAAAGCAUGAAGAGGAAAUCCGCAAGUGGGAGGAAAAGAGAAUGAGACGAGAAGAAGAAAUGCAAAGAAGGGCCGAAAAGGCAGCUAAGCAAGCUGCGGAACGCAAGCGUCAGAGAGAGGAAGAGAAGGCCCGCCUGCGCGAGGAGGAGAGACAGCGCAGAGAAGAGGAAUUUCGAAAGUAUGAAGAAAGCCGAAUGAAGAGGGAAGAGGAACUUCAGCGGUGGUUUAUGAAGGUACUGGAGGCAAGAGAUGCAGCCGAGCAACGAAAGCAAGUCCGUGAGGAAGAAAGAAAAAGAAAGGAAGAAAAGAUGAGAAGGUGGGAAGAGGACCGGAUGGCGAGGGAAGAAACGAGACAGCGACGAGAGGAAAAACGGCGGGUUCGUGAAGAAGAGCGUCACAGAAAAGAGGAGCAUCGUAAGAAGAAGCGUCACAAGCCAGAUGGCGAUGGUGAUGCUUGGAAGGAGGCAGAUGUGGCUGGCUGGGCUGCAGCUUCAGUUGGUGAGGAUCCACAUCAGGUCUUUCCGAGCGCGAGGCCGAAGCAACGAGCGAAGCGAGGGCCCAGUCCACCGCUGGAGCCCGAUGACGAGACGGACUUGGACAGGCUCCUUGCCGGGACUUUCGUUGAGGCACCCAAGGUGCAGGGUCGAUCCAAAGCGUUGGCCAAGCCUGCGCAACGAUUGCUACCGCCCAGCGAGGAGCAGGAGACGGAGCUCGAUCGGCUUUGUGCCAGCAGUCCCGAGGCUGGAGCUCCCAGAACAAGACCGAAGCAGCGGGCCAAACCACCUCCAGUGUCCAGGGAUGGGGACGAUACCGAACCUCCCUCGGAAGAUGACGCGACGGAGCCCCCGAGCGACGAGGAUGCGAAGGAGGCGGAGGAGCUGGAGCCCACGUCCAUGGUGGACACGGAGGCGCCGGCCGGGCAUCCGGUGCGCCUCGGAGAGUUCCCCUUCUAUGCAUCAGAAAGGGUGUUCGAAGUUCGAAGCGUCGGUGUGAUGAUCUGA